AUGCCUAACCCAGAACCCCCAAUGUCGAAAUAUCGAGCCACGAAAGCCUCAGCUUUCACACCUCAAUCUCGCCGAAUCCCCCGCGAAAGAAAAGACCGCGAGGUGAGCUCCGGCUCUGGCUCCAGCUCAAUCGGUAAGGCACGACCAGAGCGUCGCAGACUCGACAAACCACCAGACGUAACCUCCCCCUCCAGCUCCCCAAUCGUAAUGCUCCGCGUAGGACCAGAGAAAAGACUUUUUGCAGCCCACGAAGCCAUCCUCAGCACAUCCUCCUUUUUUGCUUCUCACUGCGCAUCUCAAACGCCUAGCCCAUCUGCUCGCCGUCCCCGCCCACCCCUCCAACCACCAGGCAAGCGUAUCGAUCUCCCAGACGAACAAGCAGAGGUUCUAUCCUGUGUGCUCGAAUUCCUCUAUAAAGGCGACUAUUACCCCCGUCUCCGGCACAACAGUCGAACCCGUGUCUGGGAGCUGGAAGACGCUGGCGUCGAAACAGCAGGGGAAUUGAGCCAGGCUACGGCGACGGUAUUCCAUCACCAGGUUGGCGGGGUGAUUCUACGAGAUACAGCCAUUUACUGCGCAGCAGAGAAAUAUAACCUACCCCAGCUGCAGCGCCUGGCGCUACGCAAGCAAGGCUUGCACACGGGGAUCCAGUGUAGUACCAUCCUGGCGAGUGCGCGGUAUGCGUAUGCCAACACGCCCGAUACAGAGUCGAAGUUGAGGGCGCAUUACUUGGCUCUGAUUGUGAGGUCGAGGUCGACUUUUAUGAGGAGUGGGACUAUGCAGGCAGAGAUGGAGAAGGGAGGGAAGUUCUUCUUUGACCUUUUUGUUGCGAUGUGUAAUCAUAUGGUGAGUUUUGCUCUGCUCGCUGCUGUGUCUGGCUGGGCUGGUUGCUGA